AUGAAGCUCACGACAUUCCUGCUCGCCGCGCAGGUCAUUGGCCUGGCGCAGGCCCUCCACUUCUACUUUGACUCGAGCGAGAAGAGGUGUUUCGUCGAGGAGCUCCCGAGUGACACGGUCGUUGAGGGAAAAUACGGAGCCCUCGUCUGGGACGACGGCAAGCAGAGCUGGGAGGCGGACCCGGGACUGCAGGUCCGCGUGAAUGUCGAGGACCUGUCGAGCGCGCAGGUCGUCGUCAACACCAAGGGACCGCACACGGGCACGUUCACCUUCUCCUCCCAUGAGGCUGCCGAUCACCAGAUCUGUCUCUCCACCGAGGGAGUUGGCAGCGGACACAAGCACGUCAAGAUGUACCUUGAUGUUAACGUUGGACCGUCGAAGCAUGACAAGGAGUCCGACCAGCGCCACAUCGGCACGCUCGCGGGCAAGCUGAACGAGCUGAACAAGAAGGUCGCCGACAUCCAGCGCGAGCAGCGAUACAUGCGCGAGGUGGAGGAGCAGUUCCGUGACCUGUCUGAGGCGACGAACGCGCGCGCCGUGUGGUACUGCAUUGCGCAGAUUGUCGUCCUCGUCGCUGCCGGAGUGUGGCAGAUGCGCCACCUCAAGGUGUACUUUGAGGACAAGAAGCUGAGGUAG